CAAAAUGAACUUGCCACUGGCCUGUCUUCUUGUAAUUCUGCAAUGUGCGUCUGGAUAUCCAGUUGAUGAAGAGCUAUUGAAGAGAUUCGAUAUCUUGGAAAAAGACCUAAGGCAAAAAUUCGCGGACAAAGAUAAACAAAUCGCUGAAGGGAUGAAACACCUUUCGUUGGAGAGACAACAGGUAGCACAGGAUAGAAGCCUUCUAGUUCUUGAUAGACAACAGCUGGCUCAAGACAGGAUAGAGAUGGCUAGCGCCAUGGAGAAACUCAAGAAAGCAGAGGAAGAACUUUUACAUCGGAUAACGCUCCUUCCUUCAAAUCUGAAAUCGACCCAGGACAGACAUACGAGACAAAGCGAGGGUGUGGCAUUUUCUGCAUGGCUCGACCAUAGUGUCUCACUUGGCCCAAAUCAAGUAAUACGUUUUAACAAGGUCAUCACCAAUGAAGGGAGUGGCUAUAACAUUCACACAGGUGUGUUCACCUGUCCCCAACCCGGGAUGUACCUGUUCUCCUUCAUGGUAACUCAGAGAGGUGAUGUGGCGCAGUUAACCGCCCAACUCGUUGUGAACGGCUCACCAAAGGUCCAUGGUGUUACAGAUCCAUAUCACGACCAUGAGGAUCGUCAGGGUGGAAACACUGUCGUUCUCCGUCUUCAACAAGGUGACGUCGUGGAGAUAGAGAAUUUCGACGGACAUCACGUACAAGGAUACACAGCUGAAGGCCUAACGUCCUUUACCGGUAUUCUCCUCUACCCAUAGGCAAAAAGAACGAGAUUAAACAACACAAAAACA